CAAAGAAACACCACGCCAUAAUCAAAUCUCUCCCUCUUCUCCUCCCUGUCACUCCGAAAACACCUGGAAAACCCCGGCAUCACCGCCACUGUCGCCGCCUCCACCUCCUCCUCCUCUUCCUCCACCACCACUCUCAUGAAACCCUAAUAAAGAGAGAGACUGUUCGUCAAAUUUUUGAUUUUUGAUUUUUUUUUGAAGGGUUUAUGAGUGGCUUGAAUUGAGGGUUUAAUAGAGGGAGAGAUUCGAUUGAGAAAUGUAUGUGGUGCCACCACCAAAGGGAUCAUCGGAUACUGGAUCCAGUGAUUUACGGGUUUAUCAAACUUGGAAAGGCAGUAACAUAUUUUUUCUUCAAGGGAGGUUUAUUUUUGGACCAGAUGUGAGAUCGCUUGCAUUGACUACACUCCUGAUAGUUGUUCCAGUUGCAGUGUUCUGUAUCUUUGUUGCCAGAAAGCUGAUGGAUGAUUUUUCAGAUGAUUGGGGAAUAUCAAUAAUGGUCAUUGCUGUUGUGUUCACUAUUUAUGAUUUAGUUCUUCUCCUGCUAACAUCUGGAAGGGAUCCUGGCAUAAUUCCACGCAAUGCAUAUCCACCAGAACCGGAUGGCUUUUAUGGGAGUGCAGAUGUUGGGUCCGGUCAAACUCCACAAUUACGCCUGCCACGCAUUAAGGAGGUGGAAUUCAAUGGAAUGACUGUGAAAGUCAAGUAUUGUGAUACUUGCAUGCUUUACAGACCACCUCGCUGCUCGCAUUGUUCAAUAUGCAAUAACUGUGUAGAAAGAUUUGACCAUCACUGCCCUUGGGUUGGGCAGUGUAUUGGCUUGAGAAAUUAUCGAUUCUUCUUCAUGUUUGUCUUCUCAACGACCCUUCUCUGUAUAUAUGUUUUUUCAUUCUGCUGGGUCUACAUUAGGAAGAUCAUGGGAUCAGAGAACUCAUUAAUUUGGAAAGCAAUGAUCAAAACCCCUGCCUCGAUUGUUUUAAUAGUUUAUACUUUCAUAUCAAUGUGGUUUGUCGGUGGCCUUACUGCCUUCCAUUUGUAUCUCAUCUGCACAAAUCAGACUACUUAUGAGAAUUUCAGAUAUCGCUAUGACAGGCACGCAAAUCCCUUUUAUAAAGGAGUGGUAGAGAACUUGAAGGAAAUAUUUUGCUCCAGUAUCCCCCCAUCCAAGAACAAUUUCAGGGCAAAGGUGCCCGGGGAACCUGCACUACCAGCUCGAACACUUGGUAGGGGCUUCAUGAGUCCAAAUAUGGGUAAAGCUGUAGGUGACAUGGAAAUGGGUAGGAAAACAGUAUGGGGAGACAUGAAUGCUAUGACUGAUGGCGAAGGACAACUUGCUGACAACGAUCGGCUGAACAUAAAAGAUGGUGAACUAGAUGAAUUAUCCCUGGAUAUCAGGACCACAGUAGAUGAAGUUGGAGACCGUGGUGGAAUACAUCCUAGGCGAUCGAGUUGGGGAAGAAAGAGUGGAAGCUGGGAGAUGUCACCUGAAGUUCUUGCCUUGGCAGCUAGAGUGGGGGAAUCCAACCGUAUGGGUGGUGGGAGCAGCAGUGGCAGCUUGACAACUGAGAACCAACAAUCAUAGAUGUGGAUUUGAUCAGCACCAAACCUAGGAAAUGGAAGAGGAUCUGAUUUGUCGAGUGCUGGGGGUGAGCUGACUAAAUGGUUAGUUAUUCAACUUCAAACAUGGGGGAACUUCAGAGGGAGUGCUUGAAAAACUCUUUGUUGGUUUGACCAUUGUGCUUUUAGGGUGUGGAAUGGAAUGGUGUGUUGUUAGUAUGAGUGAGUUACUUUCAGUUUUGAUUCUUGUAUUUCUGGAAUUAGAUAAGAGUCCAAUUUCAUUUUAUUUGAGGAA